AUGUCUUCUGUAAGCCCAGUCGACUUCAGAGCCUAUGGUCUAGGACUCAUUAUUGUAUCGCUCAGGUCGUCGCCGUCCCCGUCAACUACGCCAACUGCGGCUCUGCUACCUGCAGUUCCAACACUAGCUGCGCCUGUGCCAACAGCUGCGCCUGCAAGCCCAACGAGUGCAAGUGCGCUUAAGCGCCACACGAUGUUCCAGCUGUGAUUACCCUCGGGAGAUCAUGCAGUAUUGGAGGGUUCAUCUGAUUCAAGGGUCGCUGUUAAUUGUUGUACAUUUAAAUGAAAUGAGACCAUGAUUCUGGAAUUUCCGCACUUUAGUGUCAGGCAAAUUGCG